AUGGCACCUUCAUUUCAUUUCUUUGGGCCGUUGAUGAAUGCACCAGAUACAUCCCAAAUUGUUAUAGACCCUUCGACUGUUAUGGAUUUCGUGAUCCAAUCCGAAAAGCAGUGGUUGACUGACUCUUUUAUCAUCCCGUUAUACGCUUCUAUCGCCUCGGCUGCCAUUUUCUUACUUCAGAUUGUCUUCUCCUCGCGAAGAGUAAGGCAAUUGUUCUGGAGGCGUAAUGAUGCGCCGCUAGUUAUGGAUGAGGAGCCUCAAGAAGCUGAAGCUACCAUUCAACCAGUGGGAUAUUUCCAGGACUUGAAGGAACACGUCUCACAGAGUGGAGGUGCAAAAAUAUUCACCUUUCGUGUCCUGAGGCUAGCUGGAUGCCUUGUAUUGUUAGGGCUCUCUAUCACAAGCCUAGUUCUAGACGUCGAGGAGAACGAAUCGGAAUUGGAAACCUCGGGUAAAUGGGGUAAGAAGCCCAAUAAAAAACCCCGUGGUGAUGGGUGGCUAGAGCCGGAAGAGUGGCUCGCUGCAAGUCUAUGCUUCACCUUCCUGUACACGUUUCUAUUGGCUAUCAUUUCUGUUACUGCGAGAAAAAACUGGUGUCAUAUCGCGAUAAGGCAUUUAAAUGCCGUUCUGGUUGUCACCACAAGUGUAUAUAUCUAUCGCGAUGUUGCGCCAUUAGCGACAUUCAUCAACAUUCCACGGGACGCACCUGAGGGGUGGAUUCUAUGGACCAAAAUCGCGGCGCUUCUAUUCACUGGAAUUGUGAUCCCUUUGUUCAUUCCGAGGGAAUAUAUCCCGGUUGACCCCAAUGAUCCAUUCCCGAUACCCCAUCCUGAGCAGACGACUCCUCUCAUUUCAUUGAUCUUGUACUUUUGGAUGGAUCCGGUCGUCAAGGCGGCUUAUCGGGUGGCCCACUUGCCGUAUGAUCAACUGCCGCCUCUUGCGGACUACGACGCGUCCAAAACACUCAAAGCCCGCUCGUUCAAGUAUUUAGAUAUUUUUACAGGGGCCAAUGAGCGCCACUUGUUCUUUGGUCUUAUGCGUGUCUUUGCUUGGGAUUAUGUCGCUUUGGUUGCUGUUAUGAUUGUCCAACUUUCCGCGGAAUUCGCUGCACCUAUCGGCAUUAACCGUCUAUUACACUACCUUGAGACUGGGGGAAAGGAUUCCCUAUACCGUCCGUGGCUGUGGAUCGUUUGGUUGUUUGUAGGACCUAUAACAACAUCAAUAGCCUUUGAUUGGUAUAUUUUCAUUGCUACUCGAUGUUUAGUUCGUUGCGAAGGAAUCAUAACACAGCUUGUCUUCGAGCAUGCCCUUCGUAUCCGUAUGAAGGCCGAGACUCAUAGUUCUCCGGCUUCACCCCAAAUUCCAAGUGGUGCAUCGACACCAUCCCCAUUGGAUUCAACGGCUCACUUGGUGGAAGGUUCAAGUGACACCGACGUGACCUUGCACUCACACAGUCCCCCCGAAACUGAAAUCGAUCAUUCGAGGGAUGAAACUUUACCAGAAAGCCCAUCCAGCAUCAAAUCGACAGAUGAUAUAACAGAAUCGCCUGCGAAACCUUCAAAGGAAUCCUCUUCAACUACUGCUAAAGAUGAUGCUGAGGCGAAGAACCUCGUCGGGAAGAUCAACAACUUGGUUACUACUGACCUAGCGAACAUCGCUGAUAGUCGAGACUUCAUACGCCUACUUGUUUUUGUACCGCUGCAACUCAUCUUCUGUGUGGUAUUCUUGUAUGUAAUUCUUGGUUGGAGUGCAUUUGUUGGAUUGGCAGUCAUUAUUCUGAUGUUUCCUGCACCCGGAUUCCUGGCCAAGCUGACACAAGAUGUUCAAGCGGCCACCCUCAAGAAAACAGACGGACGGGUUCAGACUGUUACGGAAAUUAUCAAUGUCAUCCGUAUGGUUAAAUUGUUUGGUUGGGAGCGCAAGAUGAAUGAACGCAUUUCGAGCAAGAGGGACGAAGAGCUUGUGUGGAUUAGGAAAAGACAACUUCUUGACCUUUUGAGUGGACUCAUAAACUUCCUUAUCCCCACUAUUAUCAUGAAACAACAGUUGAGUUCUGCGAAGGUUUUCUCUAGUAUGGCUAUAUUCGAUAUGUUUUCGGGCCAGCUGCAUAGGUUGCUCUACACCGUGACCGUGAGUGCAGCCGGAAAAGUCUCUCUGGAUCGAUUAACAGAUUUCAUACACAAUACCGAACUGCUUGACAACUACUUGGCCAGGACGUCCGUCACAUCAAUUAUUCCUACUGAAAUCCCAACGACCGACAUUAUCGGCUUCUGUAAAGCAGCUUUCUCCUGGUCCAAUGAUGUUCAAGGCUCUGCUACUCCUUCCGGGCGACAGUUCCUCCUACGUGUUGAAGAAGAGUUGAUUUUCCACAAGAAUUGCAUCAAUCUUGUCAUCGGACCUACUGGAUCAGGAAAGACCUCGUUGCUUAUGGCACUACUAGGCGAAAUGCAUUAUGUCCCUUCGGAACCUGGUUCAUGGUUUAACCUGCCACGCGAAGGUGGCGUAGCGUACGCGGCCCAAGAAUCUUGGGUCCUCAAUUCGACCAUUAAGGAAAAUAUUCUUUUCGGUGCCGAGUUCGAUGAGAUGCGCUAUAACAAAGUCAUCCGUCAGUGUGGUCUGGAGCGAGAUUUGACCUUAUUCGAAGCGGGUGAUCAGACUGAGGUAGGAGAAAAAGGACUUACUUUGAGUGGUGGACAGAAGGCGCGGGUUACUCUUGCUAGAGCGAUCUAUUCCAAGGCCGAUAUCAUCCUCUUGGAUGACGUGUUGGCUGCUCUUGAUGUCCAUACCUCAAAGUGGAUCAUCGACAAAUGCUUCAAGGGCGACUUGAUCAAAGACAGAACCGUCAUACUAGUGACUCACAACAUCGCCAUGGCUGAGCCUAUAGCCCAAUUCAUCGUAUCAUUGAAAGAUGGACGUGUUGCUAGUCAAGGAUCGCUUUCAAAUGCGCUUUCCCAUAACCGAGCUCUCGCCAAGGAGGUGCAACAGGACGAAGAGGCGCUGCAUAAAGCUGAUGAGGAGAUCGAUGUUGAGGAUACAGAAGAAGACACUAUAGAACAUCCUGUUAAGGACAAGAAGUCGCCCGAUGGUAAGUUGAUCAUGACUGAAGAGAUCCAAGAGGGGCACAUCAGCUGGCCAUCGCUCAAACUCUAUCUCACUGCCCUGGGGGGGAAUCAUGCGAUGCUCUUCUUUGUAAUAUUUGUUGGCUCAUACAUCGUGCAGCAGGCCUUGGGCACAGGCCAAACGUGGUUCCUAGGUUAUUGGGCAUCACAGUAUGAUGGGGACCGUGAUCCGUCAGAGGUUAAUGUAUUUUACUACAUUGGUGUCUAUGGUUUGCUCUUGCUAUGCGCGUUCCUAUUUUAUAUCGUUGCGUAUGUCGUUUUCGUUUUCGGCGCCAUUCGAGCAUCUCGGAUAAUAAACCAGAAGCUGAUCGAGUCAAUCCUUGGAACGACAUUGCGAUGGCUGGACACUACGCCGACGUCACGGAUCAUUACUAGAUGUACACAGGACAUACGAGCUGUUGACAGCAUGGUUGCCAUACUCCUGUUUACUGUUUGCGAAUUGACCUUGGCGAUGCUGAUUAAAUUUGCGGCGAUUGUGGCGUUCACUCCCAUGUUCUUAUUCCCCGGUAUCCUUGUGGCUAUCCUUGGUGCAUGGUGUGGCCAGAUUUACAUCAAGGCACAGCUCUCCGUUAAGCGAGAAAUGUCGAAUGCUAAAGCGCCUGUUUUGGGACACUUCGGGGCAGCUAUUUCUGGCAUAACCUCUAUCCGUGCGUAUGGUGCGCAAAAUGCGUUCAUCCAAGAAUCUAUGUUGCGAAUCGAUAAAUACACGAGGACUGCCAGAACGUUCUAUAACCUUAACCGAUGGAUUGACAUUCGAAUCGAUGCACUUGGUGGAUUUUUUUCGGCGUGUCUGGCGGCAUAUCUAGUCUACUUCCAAGACACCGAAGCUUUCAACAUCGGCUUCUCUUUGAAUAUGGCGAUAGGUGUCAGCGGAAUGAUACUUUGGUGGGUCCGUUGUGUAAAUCAAUUCGAAGUCCAGGGUAUUCUGGAGCGUAUACAGAGCUAUCUCCAUGUGGAACAAGAAGAAAAACCCUCCAAGGAUCGAGAACCCCCCGCAUAUUGGCCAACCAGCGGAGAGCUCCGUGUAGAAAAAUUGUCAGCCAGAUAUUCUCCUGAUGGUCCGAAGGUCUUGCAUGAUCUAUCAUUUACCGUCAAGUCAGGGGAACGCAUCGGAAUAGUUGGACGCACCGGAUCUGGGAAGAGCUCUUUAACAUUAUCCUUACUUCGCUGCAUCUACACCGAGGGUACGGUCUACUACGAUGGUAUUCCAACCACGGCCGUUAAUCUUGAUGCCCUGAGGUCAAAGAUAACCAUCAUUCCCCAAGUACCCGAGCUCUUGAGCGGAACCUUGCGACAGAAUCUAGAUCCUUUCGAACAAUACGACGAUGCCACAUUGAACGACGCCCUUCGCGCAGCUGGCCUUUUCUCGCUACAGAACGAAAUGGAAGAAGGCCGAAUAACCCUGGACAGUACGAUUGCUAGCGGAGGUGGCAACCUGUCUGUGGGACAACGGCAAAUCUUGGCGUUAGCGCGAGCACUCGUUCGAGGAAGCAAGUUGCUUAUCCUCGAUGAAGACUACAAAACCGAUUCGAUCAUUCAGUCUUCACUAAGGAAUGAACUUGGCCCAGACAUGACGCUGAUCACUGUAGCGCACCGUCUACAAACGAUCAUGGACGCUGAUAAGAUUAUGGUCCUAGAUGCCGGUCACAUCGUGGAGUUUGAUUCCCCCAAGAAUCUAUUGGCCAAUCCAAAAGGCAAGCUGAAGUCCCUGGUGAAUGAGUCCGCUGACAAGGAUGUCUUAAACGCUAUGGCGGAGCAACGUAAGCAGUCAUAG